AUCAACAAAACGUCAACCAGCACAUGAGCACAGUCCAUGAUAAUUUUGAUUUUGAUUAGAAACUUUGUUUCAACACGCUCUCUUUUGACCAUCAAGAGGACAACGGACAACUAGCUGACCUUUAAGAAAUUAUCAGAGCAUUGUAGUCCGAAAACUACGAUGUCCUUCUCUCAGCGUCACAUUCCGUUCAUGGACAACCCUCUCUUCAAGGCUGUGUUUCACGAACCAAGACCUGAUUUUUCUGUUAUCAUCUACCGCACUCUUCGCAUCGAGAACCAAAACACUUUGAGCUCAGCCGUCUAUGACCUGUUCGCAACCCUGAUGUUACCAAGAAAAUUAGCCAUGGAACGCUCCGAGUUCAUCAGGAUGUGGAAGUCCCUGCUCCUAGCGCGCGUCCAACAAGUUUUGCGCAAGGAAGAGUUUACAGAAAAACCCCUGUUCGAACCAUUUGGCACUUUAGUUCCAGCACCUCUUGGAGAGCUUUUGGAUGCUAUUGGCUCUUUCUCCAGCCAAGCCAGAGGAGGAAUUUACCGCAUCAAGCCACCAGAGAACAAGGGAGAAGACUGGUGGAAGAUGGACAAUGAACUUCUCAGGAAGUGGUGGCUUCUCAAGACCCAAAUGAAAAGGCAUUACAAACUGUUGGAAUUUCCAUCCAAAGAUGAUGUCCAGAAUAGGCCCCUCAUGCUGUUACUGCGCCCUGAGGAAGGUCAAGAAGAACCAUUCAUCAAAGCAUGGACAAAUGAACCUCCACCUGAGCUGCCUCAUCUGCAUUUGGUCAAUGACCCCUUAUUUGAAAUUCACCAUGUCAUCAAAUAUGAACAUUGUGCUUUAAGAUACACCAAUCCUUGUACUGAACUUCAAUAUCGAAGUGCCUAUCUUGCCUCCUUCAUUGAGAAAUAAAAAUACAUUGAAAAUAAGAAAAUAGACAAAAUUUAAUCUUUUUUCUAGUUCAUUCUGUUAUUCAUGGUAAAGUUAAUUUAAAACGUAUUAAAUUCUUUUAAACAUUGAAAAUAUUAUUUACAUCGAUUAUUUUGUGUUGUGAUUCUA